CCCCCCCCCCCCCCCCCCUUCCCCACCUUUCUUUUCUGCAUCACUCAGCCAAACAGGGCUACUUCCAACCAAAACACGAGAUGGGUUCCGUUGGGAUCAUGUGCCCCGAUGACAGCAAGAAGGAGAAGCUGAUCAGGGAGCUGACGGAAGGUCAGGACUCUGCCCUGAAGCUUUUUACCUUGUUCCGGAAACCCGUCAGUGAGGACGGGUUGUCCGACCUGGCGGGUGAGCUCUUGGUGAAGAUCUUGGGAUGCUUCGACCAGGGACUCUGCCUGGUCGGCUGCUCGGACCGGGUUGGGGAGAAUGUCCUGAACAGUUGUGUUCUUGAGCAUCAUCAGGAUUCGGCCUUUAGCCCCGAUAACGUCAUGGAGGAGUCCGAGGACUCGAGCGGGACCAAGAAGAGGGCUAAUGCUUGUCUCAAGGACAGAAGGGGCUGCUACAAGAGAAGGAAGUCUUCUCAGACAUGGAUAACUGUCAAGCCCACCAUGGAAGAUGGUCAGGCAUGGAGGAAAUAUGGGCAGAAGGUCAUCCUCAACGCCAAGUACCCAAGGAGCUACUUUAGGUGUACGCACAAAUACGACCAGGACUGCAAGGCCGCGAAGCAAGUGCAGAUGAUGGAGGACAACCCGGGGAUGUACCAGACCACGUACAUCGGGACCCACACUUGCAACAGAGACCAGAUCAAACCCCCGCAGUUGAUCGUCCCGGACUACUCCCAGCCCGGAUCCAGCAGCUUCAACAUCGUCUUCCCGGAGCACAUCAAGACGGAGGAAAAGGACCAGGUCGACACAAAGAGCGACCUCACGGUCGACAACGUCUCCUUCUCAUCCCUCCAGGACAACACGUCGUCGUUCCUGCAGACCGAUCACCUGAUGGCCGGCUUCGAGUUCUCUUCCUCCCAUCAAGAGGACAUAGCGAGGAUGUACCGGCUGGGCGUGGAGGACGAUGGGGCCCACUCGGAGAUGGAGCUCUUAGUCAGGGGGGGAUUUCAUGGUGAUUUCCAUUUCGACGAUAAAGAAUUUUCGUAGUGGGCGGAAGAAGGUUAAUAGUAAAGACUAGGCCAAAGUUUUGUCCAUAGUAUCUGUCCAGCAGUCAAAUUUGGAUAUUUUCUUAGCUAGAGGGAUUAGCAUAUAACUAUAUUAACCGACAAAAAUAAAUCUUUGUAUGUAAUAAUAUGCCCCAUCCGAUGGUUCUGACCUUAAACAUCAGAUGCAGAGGAGAUUAUUAUUGGCAGAAAAGGUUUUGUGAUGUGAUUUCUAAUCAAUAAUGUUUUGAGUUA